CAGUGCCAUCUACCGCCAUAUACCAAGGUAGCUCUCUUUAUAGUAUUCAAUUUAUGUUGUCUUCACAGUACCAUAGGGUCAAAACGUGCGACGACGUUGUAAGUAUAAAGCUAUUUUAAACACUUUCUAUCAUAUUCCGAAACGACAGAAUUAAAAAUUGAGGGCAAUGUCUUAUAAUUUCGAACAAAUUCUCCAAUGAAACUCGAGAAGGUGAAAUCUACAAGUUAACUCUUUUUGCGCUGUACAUUCUAUUGACUCUUUUCUAAAUUUUUGCAUGUUUCAGUUUAUUUAAAGAUCGAUUUUCAAUAUAUGUCUGCAUAAUAUUAGAUGCUGUUGUUUAAGGUCAUCUCUAAAGAUGUACGAUAAUUAAUUUCUCUGAGAAUGCUAUAAUUGUUACUGUUAAUUUUAGAUCUUAUAUAAAAUAUUGUUCACUGACGACUUGUUUAGUUAACCUUAAAAAACACAGCAACUUCUUCUUACUCCAAUUGUUCCGUUGUUAUAAGAUCUUAUAAACGAGGUCUAUUAUAUAACUAUUUUCCAUUUUGUUUCUUAGAUGCUAUGUUUAAAGAUAGUCAGUAAAAAAUUUGCUAUAGUUUACUUUUCUGAAAAACAUUGUUCAUAGAUGUUAAUUUACGAACUUCUCUCAAAUUUUAUUGUUAAACACCUUGUUUAGUUAACCUUAAAAAGUCUUCAGAGUUCGAUUGUUUCUUAACGCGUUGACAUUUGAAAACAGGGCUAUUAUAUAAAUAUUCUUUGUCUUUUUCUUUAAAUCUCUUAAUUAUCCUUCUUAUUUGUUUAUGAAAUUAUGUAAUUUACUUGGAAACGCUAAACCUUCAACUUGUUAAUGAAUAUGAAUUUCGAUUUUUUUUGGAAAUUGUAAUGUUCUAUAGCGGAAAAUCGCUCCACAUCUGGUUUUCUUUCGUAUAGGAAUUUUAUCGAUCAUAUCUCAAAACCAAACAAUGUUAUGCAAAGUUUUUUCUUGUCCUAUUACUAUGUUAAAUAUAAUUUUAUGUGUCAGUGAAGCUUUAGUACUAUCGUUAUCAGGUUUUUCAAGGACAAUUUGUGAUUAAAAUCUUUUUUUUGUAGCAAAAUAUGGAUGCUAAAAUACUGAAAAAAAAAUGCUCAAGAUCAACUGAUUCAUGGAAUCUCGAAGUGUCUACUAUUGCAAAGAACACCUUCAAUCCCAUAAGAGCACUAGUAGACCAAAUGAAACUUACUCCUAAUCCCGAGAAAUCUAUGAUCGCUUUGUCAAUUGGCGAUCCUACUGUUUUUGGUAAUUUAAAACCGGCAGAUAAUGUUGUUCAAGCAAUUGUAGAUUCUGUAAAAUCGGAAAAAUGGAACGGUUAUCUACCUUCGAUAGGCGCCGAAUCAGCUAGAGAUGCCGUUGCCCAAUAUGCGAGGAGAGAGAAUGCACCUUUAACAGCUAAGGACGUGAUCCUUACCUCUGGUGCAUCGGGAGCAUUAGAUAUCUGCAUAACAGCCUUGGCUAAUCCAGGCGAUAAUAUACUUGUUCCAAAACCAGGCUUUUCUUUGUAUAAAACCCUCGCAGAUUCUCUAGGUAUUCAGGUUCGUCACUAUAAUUUACUUCCCGAUAAAGGUUGGGAAGUAGAUACCAAUCAUUUAAUAAGUCUUUUAGACGAAAGAACGGCAGCAAUUGUAUUGUGUAAUCCAUCGAAUCCUUGCGGUUCGGUCUAUUCUAAGAAACACUUAGAAACAGUUUUGGGAGUUUGUGAGGAGUUUAAGUUGCCCGUUAUUGCGGAUGAAAUUUAUGCCGAUUUUACUUUUCCGGAUCAAACGUUUCAUUCCAUGGCAAGCGUGAACCAGAAUAUUCCGAUAUUAUCUUGUGGUGGUCUAACUAAACGCUGGCUUAUACCGGGCUGGAGAAUGGGAUGGAUUUGUAUUAACGAUACCCAAAACAAAUUUCCCGAAUUACGAAAAGGGCUUGUGGCCCUAUCUCAGAGGAUCUUAGGACCUAAUUCUGUUACACAAGGCGCUUUAGAGUGUAUUCUAAUGAAUACUCCUCAAGAGUUUUAUGAUUCAACUUGUCAAACUGUUGCCAGACAUGCAAAGAUCUUAUACGACAUCUUCUUGGAAUGUCCCGGCCUAAAGCCUGUUAUGCCACAGGGAGCCAUGUACAUGAUGGUUGGAAUCAACCUAUCAUCUUUCCCAGACUAUAAAAAUGAAGUUGAAUUUACCGAAAAUUUAGUAACAGAACAGUCUGUGUUCUGUUUACCUGCUUCCUGUUUUCAGUAUCCAGGAUAUUUCAGAGUUGUUCUAACGGUCCCUGAAAAUAAACUUCUAGAAGCAGGGAAUAGAAUUCGUCAAUUCUGCUAUGAUCACUUUUCAAAAGAAAGGAAUGGCAAAUCAUCGUAGAUUUGGAAUGAAAAUAAGUUUUUGUCCAGUUUAGUUAAUUUUUCAUUGUUUGUUUUCUUUGCGUACUUUUAUAUAAAAUAGUACGAUUAGGAUUUGAUUGUUAUGGUACAACAUGCUUUAAAGCACAUUGUGUCCUCCCUUCUGAAACGAAAUUAAUAUUUGCUUGAAAUCUAAAAUAAAACAGUUUUAAUUACAAUUAUGUACAUUUACUUUAAAUGCUCUGCAAUAUGGUGUUUUAACUUACCCCAUUGUUUUAUAACUAUGCAAUGUUAAAAGAUAUAGCAUAAACCUCUAAGUUUUGUUCAGAUAUAUUCUCAUUUCAAUAAAUUGUUUAGAGAGGUUACGCGAGUGUUUCUGUUAUUUUUGCGACCUAUUAAACUUUCAUUUAUUGUCUUUCAAAGUCAAAUUUAGCAAGGACAAUCACG